CAGUUAAACAAUCCCUACACGCUUGUCACGUGAGUGGGCGGUGAGAAUAAGGUUAGCUUAGGUUCAGGUGAUAGUUAGAUCUACGCCACCACCACCACGACCACAACGUGCCUGCUUCUCUAACACCAUCAUCAUCAUCAUCAUCAUCAUCAUCAUCAUCAUAUAACAUCGGGCUUGGCGCGCUAUUGCUCUCUCUCCCCCGAUCCCAGCGCCGCGUCGGCCCGAGACCACGACCACUCCCCGUGGCCUUGGGAUCGGAAUGCCGGCGAGGUGAUGGCGAUGACCAACACUGGAGUCGUCGGCGACGAUGAGGAGUUCUAUGAGUCUUUGGAUCGGAUCUUAUCAUCCUCUUGCUCGUCCACUUCUGUCUCUGAUGAUGACGCCGGUGAUCUCCAUCGCCGCCGGUUCCGUCAUCAUCAUUUCCCUUGGUUUCCCCCGUCUUCUGCCUUUUCCUAUGAUUUGUGGAUCUCGGAGCCGUCGUCUGUUGAGGAGCGCCGGCGAAGGCUUCUUCAAUGCAUGGGGCUUGCUGGUGAUGUGUCUGGGGAGUCUGGUGUGGUGGUGGAGUCGGCUGUGACGCCGUUGCCGGCUCGUGUUCGAGAUGUUGAGAUCGCGCGCUCUGUUUCAUGCGAGGGCUUCAUGUGGCAUCCGCAUGCUGCUGUUGCUCGCGUGGAGAGAUCACGAUCUGAUGGAUGCGUUGAUCCUGGGGUGCAUUCCGGGCAGCCACCGCUAAUGCCGAAGUCGCAGCUUUCGAAGGAGGUACUGGAUGGUGAUGGGGAUCCGAGGUUGACGAUUAAGAAUCUAGAUGAUGGAAGGGAGUUCGUGGUGAGAGAGGACGGGAGCUGGGACAAGGUGAGAGAAGUGGGGACGGGACGGCAACUUACAAUGGAUGAGUUCGAGAUGUGUGUUGGCCGUUCCCCCAUUGUCCAGGAGCUCAUGCGACGACAGAGUGGCACUGGCACCAGUCCCUCGUGCAACGGCUGCGGCAUCUCUGGUGGAAGCAGUGCUGCCUCGCGCUCAUCCGGGUCGGCAAGGAGCAAAAAGCGCGGGAGCUGGCUCCGGAGCAUUAAGAAUGUCGCCGGUAGCGUCGUGGCCGGAGGCUAUUAUCAGCGGGACCGACCGAGCAGUGACGAGAAGGACACGUCGUCGGAGAAGGGUGGGCGGAGAUCGAGCUCAGCUACUGAUGACAGCCAAGACGGGAUUCACCAUUUUCCAGAGAGGAUAAGGGUCCGGCAAUAUGGUAAGACCCAGAAGGACCUCACUGCGAUGUGUCUGAGUCAGGUGAUACAGGCGCACAGUGGAGCCAUCUGGUGUAUCAAAUUCAGCUUGGACGGGAGGUUUCUUGCGAGUGCCGGUGAGGACUGUGUUAUUCAUGUGUGGCAGGUGACAGGGUACGAGAGGAAUGAGGAGCUGUUUUUGGAGGAAGGAACGAAGGAGAAUGGGAAUUGUAAACCAUUCUUUGCUUCUCUUACUGAUGGGUUGGCAGAGCCCACAUUGGAGUUGGCUGGUGUGGAGGGGAGCUAUUGGGAGAAGAAGAGGACGAAGACCUUGAGUAACUGGAAGUAUAUUAGCUCCGACCAUUUGGUGGUGCCAGAGAAAUUUUUUGCUCUUGGGGAGAAGCCCGUCUGCUCUUUCAAGGGUCAUGUAGCAGAUGUUCUCAACCUCUCAUGGUCCAAAACCCAGUACUUGCUUUCAUCUUCAAUGGACAAAACAGUUCGACUGUGGCAUCUGUCUAGUAGUUCCUGUUUGAAAACAUUCUCCCACAGUGAUUAUGUGACUUGUAUUCAAUUUAAUCCGGUUGACGACCGAUAUUUCAUUAGCGGAUCACUAGAUGAGAAAGUUCGCAUUUGGAGUAUUCCAGAUCGUCAAGUUGCUGAUUGGAAUGAUCUCCAUGAAAUGGUGACAGCUGCAUCCUAUACCCCUGAUGGGCAGGCUGCCCUCGUUGGUACUCAUAGGGGAAGUUGCCACCUAUACAACACAUUCGACAAUAAGCUGCAGCAGAAAAGUCAAAUUGACUUGCAAAACAAGAAAAGGGGUUACAGCCACAAAAAAAUUACUGGCUUCCAGUUUGCCCCAGGUAGUUCCUCUGAAGUCCUAAUUACUUCUGCAGAUUCACGAAUCCGUGUCAUUGAUGGUGCUGGGCUAGUUCACAAAUUUAAAGGGUUGCGGAACACGAAUAGCCAAAUCUCAGCAUCCUUCACAACAUCUGGGGACCAUGUAAUCUCUGCUAGUGAGGACUCUCAGGUGUACAUUUGGAGAUAUGGCAUUGAUUCUCGACCAAGCAGACGCAAAGGAGUUAUACCAGUCACACAGUCUUAUGAAUAUUUUCAUUGCAAGGAUGUAACAGUGGCAGUUCCUUGGCCAGGCGUGAAUGUGGGAACAACGACCGCAACCGCGGCUCAGAAUGACAGACUGAAUGAUCUCAAUGAAACCUUCCAGGCUAAUUUCAACUUGCAAUCUGAGGCUAAUGAACAAGAAGGUAUGCCAACUUAUAGGCGUACCGAUGGUUCUCAGCAAGAUUGCAUACUUAAUACCAACUCUAGCAACUUUGGCGACAGAAUUUCAUCUACUUGGCCCGAGGAAAAGUUGCUCAUGGCUUCCAAGAUAAAUGCGGGCUUCAGCAAUGCCGGCAUGUUUCUGCAGAGCAGCUCAGCCUUAGGCUUGGUGAUUGUGACUGCAGGUCGUGGUGGUGAAAUCAAAAUACACCAAAAUUUCGGCCUUCCAGUCCGGAUAUAAGUAUCACAAGAGGUGGAAUGUCAAUCAAUUCGAAGGCCUUGCUGUCUUAUAUUCUCGUCCUAGCAAACGAUACACCGUCAUUUUGUGUACAUAAAAUCAAGUUACAAAGGAUGAAUAUCUGGAGGUUUAUGUUCUCAACACAAGAUUGUGCAGAUCGUAGCAGGUUGACAAACCACAUGUAUUAAUGAAUUGCGGAAUUUGAAAUGUAGAUCAGAGGACCAUGAAAAGCUUGAAAGAUACAACAGAUAAGAGAAAGACGCUGGAGAGGAUGCUGCUGUUAGAUCUCAUCAUCAGAUGUUUAACAGUUAAAGAAGUCUAGUGGUUUCAGGGGUAUGGCGGUUUGAGUUCAUCCUUUCUAUUUUCACAGCUGCACGUUUUCUCUUUGGUUUCUUUAUUUUCCAGUUUGAUGCAAGAAAUAUCAAAUACAAUUGCAAAGUUCAGUCAAGCAAGGUAUGCUCCUUUUUUAUUUUUAUUUUAUUUUUGAAGAAUGAAAUCUAAAAAUUCAGGUGCA